AUGAAACGCGCAAAAAUUGCUGAAAUCCUUGAAGAAAUUGAUGCCAUGCUUUACGAGGGUCUCAAACCUCGACAUCCAGCAACCGAGAAAGAAUGCAAAGAAUGGAUUCGACAGUUCAUUUUUUUAAGGAUAGUAGGCCAUGGCAUUCCGAUGACCCGUGAGGAAAAGUCUGCAAACGGUGCUAAGAAAUCGAAACUCAAGAACAAGAAACGUUGA